AUGUCUUCAUCUACUGAAACACAUCAACGUACACCAGAAGAUACGGUUCUUGCUACCAAUCAUGAUGCGGAUUCCCCAAAUACUCGUGUUGUGGUAAUUGCUAUUGAUCAAUCAAACUAUAGUCACUUUGCAUUUGAUUGGGCUGUAAAGAACUUUUUGGGAAAAGAAUCAGAUUUGGUUGUAUUAAUAAAUGUUCGACCAACUCCAAUGAUCCCUGGUCCGUACGCUAUUGGUUCCAAUUAUAUUGGUUUCAAUGAAAUUGUUAUGAGUUUAGACGAUCAGCAAAGACAAGAGAGUCACAAUCUGUUACAAGAAUUCGUGUCAAAAUUAAAGGCUGAAAAACCAUAA